AUGUCGAAUGAGACAGAGCUGGCCUUAGUGCCGUCAGAGGGGCAGGAGCAUGACGCAGCACCUUCAUCCGUAGACCCCUUGGAGUUCCUUGGGCAGACAGAAGAGGGGGCACGCUUCAGGCAAAUCUUAGCAGAGAGGCCCGGUUGGGUGCAAAGGGUUAUCGGCGAUGCUCUCCGCCAGGAAGUUCAGCACUCGUUCGCGAGGAUUGCUGAACAGGCUGAGGCGGCCAAGCGAGUUGUCAGCGAGCUGCGGGAGAUGUGUGGGUCCGACGAUGCUAUUGCGGUUGCCGAGCUGGCCAAGGAGUUGCACGAGUCCAAACUUUCUGCUCUGAAACGGGAGGCUCAGAAAAUGAAAGAGGAGCUUGAUCAUCUGAAGCGUGACCUUGCCGAAGGUAAAUGGAGCAUUGUGGAGAGUCGAGCGAGGCGUUUGGUAAAUCAAGCCGAGCGCUUCAGAGACAGGUAUGAGCAGUUGCACCCCAGGCUGCAGCGACUUCAGCAGAAGAUGCUCGAGAUUGCUGAAAAGUGCACAGCAAAGGCUCAAGAGUCGAACGAGCUGAUUGCAGAGGCCCAGAGCCGACAACAGUGGUGGUCGAGGAUGGUUUCUGGAACGUGUCUAGGCCUCGUCGUGAUCGGUGGUCUGCUAACCCUCGGUGGUGCAGUUGGCACUGUUGUGGUGGGAUCAAGUGUAGGGUGCCUUCCCGGGACGAUUUGGGGAGUUGUAGCUUUAUUGACAGCAGUGGGUCAGGUUGCCACAGCGAUUCGGAACGCCUGUGGAGGCCCAGUAGCAGCGGUGUCAGCAACAACACUGGCAGCGGCCAACUUCGCUAGCUCCACUAUCUUUGACACACUUUCCAAGGUUGUUGUCAAUACCGUUGCUUGGACAAGCAGGGCAGCCAUGAUAUUGCCAGUCUUUUGGAUCGGAUGUGCCCUGGUUUUGCUGGGACAGGCCGGGCGGGACCUUCUGAUGAGCUUGCUGCAACGCACGUGGGACGCAGAAAUCCGAGGACACGAAGAUGCCAAGACAUGGUUCGAGAAGAUAGGCCAGGGAGCCAGGGAGGCUGCCGCCAAGUUGGAAGCUGCCUCUGAGAGCAGUGACACCUUGCGACAGUGUGCUGACAUGGUGGCAGACGCCGCAGACGAGCUUGCUGGCACGGCGCAGGAUGCUAAAGCGUUUGCCGAAGGUUCUGAGGAGCUGUUUGGUGAGAUAGCAAAAAUGAAAAGUCAGGUUCAUAAACUUUGCGAGAGAUAUGAACAGCUCCCGGCAGCCAUUGAUGAGCUGCAGCGAGCCGUUGCAGACUUGGCUUCCAAUGGUCACCUCUCGUUGGAAGCAGGCGAUGGUCACGCAAGUUUGCAGGAGCCAUAUGGAGAGGACCGCGCGCUAGAAGAGGGCAUUGGUCAUGCCAGUUUGCGCGAGGCAGGUAGCGAGGAUCACAUCUCGCACGAGAGCCUCGCCAUGUCAGCAACUGCCCCUGCAGAGUCAGCCGAUGUUGUCGAUGGAUGGAUUCUCGUGAAGUCCUCAUCCGGAGAUGAUGGCGAUUGCCUGCCCCUGAACACAUACAUUCUUGUGCCAGUGGAGAUGGCCGCGAGACUCGGUGCGCUUCCUGCAGCUGGACCUGCAGGAAACCGCAUCUGUGAGCUGCGGUCCCGGGGAAUCUCCGAGCGGCUCAUGUCCGUUGUGUCCGUGGGUGGAGCUCUGCAUCGCAUGACGGCAGGCCAUCCCUUCAGAGUGCUUCGGUCCGGGUCAUGGAUCCACGAGGCGGCCUCCUCAUUGAGCGAAGGAGAUAUCCUCACCACCCCAGUUGGAGGGACUGCCGUGGAUGCAAUGCCAAGUGUUUCGAUGAACGCCGAAGAAGUCUUUGAGCUGCAGACCCAGGAGCAGGGAGAAGAGAUCUACAUCUUCACCAGCACUCCGGGCAGAGAUGGUGCUCCGAUGUCCCUGAGCGGUGUGGCCGUCUUGGGCAGUGCUGGACCCAAGACCAGGUGUGCCUCCGCUCCACCCCGUCUGUACCACUUGCCCUCACAGGGCUCCCGCCUCUGCAAAGGGGGAACCCGUUGCAGCAACGUCUGCCGAAAUUUCAUCAAAGGCCGCUGUCUGCGCGGCCAGGACUGCUCCUUUUGCCACCGCUCGCACCCGGAGGAGCCGAAACGGCCAGCACGCGGCAGAAGAGAUGAUGCGUGA